CAACAUGCGCGUAACCGUGUGCUUCAGCUGUGCUCUGUAAACUAAACUGUAGACUGUAAUCAUUCAGGUUGAAACAUUAGUUUGAAUGUUACACUCGGUCACCGGGAUUAUUCUGGAACAAUGAGCAGAUAUAUUUUACCAGUUUCUGUUUUCGGAACAGUGUUGGGAAGCGCUGUUCUCCUGAAGAACCAUGUUACUGGAGGCCGUUGUCCUAGUAAAGCUACCAUUACUGGGAAGACUGUUAUUAUAACCGGAGCAAACACAGGCAUCGGGAAAGCAACCGCCCGAGAACUGGCACAGAGAGGGGGGCGGAUCAUUAUGGGAUGUCGGGACAUGGAGAAGUGUGAAGCAGCUGCGAAGGAAAUUCGAGGGAAGACGCUGAAUCCUCACGUUUACGCGUGUCAGCUCGACCUGGCAUCCAUGAAGUCCAUACGCAAGUUUGCAGAAAGAAUCAAGCAAAAAGAGAAGCAUGUGGAUGUUCUGAUAAACAACGCAGGGGUCAUGAGAUGUCUCACAGGGAAGACAGAAGAUGGCUUUGACAUGCAGUUUGGAGUGAACCACUUAGGCCACUUCUUGUUGACAAACCUCCUGUUGGAUAAGUUGAAAGAGUCCGCCCCCAGCAGAGUGAUCAACCUGGCCUCACUCGCCCACAUUGUUGGAAAGAUGGACUUCGAGGACUUGAACUGGGAGAAGAAGAAGUUUGAUACCAAGCAGGCGUACUGUCAGAGCAAGCUUGCCAAUGUUCUGUUCACCAGGGAGCUCGCCAGGCGAUUACAAGGCACAGGAGUCACAGUAAACGCUGUCCACCCGGGCGUUGUUGCCACGGAGCUGGGGAGGCACACAGGUCUGCACCAAUCACAGUUCUCCAGCUCCGUGCUCAGCCCCUUUUUCUCCCUGUUGGUGAAGAACCCAGAGCUGGGGGCUCAGCCCAGUGUCUACCUCGCCGUGUCUGAGGAAAUGGAGGGGGUGACGGGGGGGUACUAUGAUGUAAUGACAGAGAAGGAGCCGGCGCCCCAGGCCCUGGAUGAGGAGGUGGCUCGGAGGCUGUGGGAGGUCAGCAGCAGGCUGGUGGGUCUGGAGGAUGAGGUAGAGUCUGCCAAGCCAACCCCCCCCAGCAGAAGUCCAAAGCAAAGCUUCACAGGCAGAGACCCGGUGCAGACUGAGUGACAGAGUGCAGGGGCAGCUGUCAGAGCCGCAGGUCUGUAGGUCUGCUCCGGCCUCUGGGCCAGCAGAGGAUAAUGGACUUGAUGGCGCGAGCUGUGCAGUUAAUGGAACAACUUUCUGUUUGAGUCUGUGAUUCUUGUUGUCUGUAUGGCGGCAGGCUUUUGUACAAGGUUCCUGCAUCAGGAUAUUUGGUUUCAAAACAAGAAAAAGACGGCCUUGGCAAUGGACCCUGAACUCUUUUUUUUUUUU